AUGUCCCAAUGGGUCCUGGCUUUCGCCAUAGUCAAUUUUGAUCUGGAUCUCGGUCCUGUUGUUUGCGGGGUACACCCACCCUUGUAUUUGGCCCCCUCAGAGAAAGAAAACAUUGCUUUCUCAUCCUUCCCGGAUUCCUUACAAUUCGAACAAGGAUCAGAAGUGCAUUCUUUUCGCAUACGAGAUCUCGGCGCAUCAGACAAAGGCAUCGAUGCAGACACUAACAGCAAACCAGAUAGCAUUGAUGGAUACCUUUAUGGAUAUUCGCACUUUUCCCAGAGAAAAGACAACACCUCGAAGCGAGGAUACCAACAGACUUCUCUAGUGCUUCUCUCGCACCUACAGUACCCUGCACUCUUUACCACCCUAAUUAUGAAACUCGGGCCCUUGUUCCUGACCCAUGGUGUACCUAUGCUGGAAACGGCCUGUCAUAAUAUUGCCAACUGGUGCAGCCCAUCACCCGGUUUGACCGCUGAGCUAGGAUUUCUUGGCUCAGUCCUCCAUGUCGAGUUGCCGAUGACUGCAGAUACUCAGCAAUUGACAGAGACUGCAUCAUUUCGAGAGAAAUUCGACCCCACUUUGCAUCUAUUGUCUUCUAUAGCUCCACUUGAGCCGCCUCCAAUAUCCAUAUUCGAGGCCUCCUUGUCACAUUUAUGGUCCAUAUGGGAGUGCCUGAUUCUUUGCGAGCCGAUCUUGGUAUUUGGAUCUUCGCCCGCAGCCACGAGUCAAGCAGUUUGGUGGCUCAGGGAUCUGUUACGUCCUAUACCUCUUGCGAACGAUUUUCGUCCUUACUUUACCAUUCAUGACAAGGAUCACUCGCUUCUGGUCAAUAAACUCCCACCUAAAACUGGCCUUAUCUUGGGUGUGACCAAUCCAUUCUUCCAGAAGUCCUGUGCCCAUUGGCCUCACGUCUUGAGCGUAGGGCUGAAAGCAAGUCCGCGCCGUCAGGGGAAUGCGACGAUUAUCGCAGGGCCGCCGCCUGGAUGGUGUACUAAAACUCACCGGCGAUACAUUUCCAAAGACCGUCAAUUAUUGAAGGCUAUCGAAAAAGCUUGCCAUGCAAGUGUCCAAGACAGGAUGCACGCAUCAUUAGACCUGAGAAGACAUUUUUUUCCGCUGAACAGAUACCUCAAUACUCUGAUACCUACUCCGACGGAACGCACCACUGUCUCGGAUUGUCGACGCCUAAAGCCAUUUAGCACUGUCGACUUUUUCUCUUCGCUUAAGGCGAAUGGGUGCCCUCUACCGUUUAAGUCUGCGACUAAGCGAAGGGAAUUUUACGAAAGGUGGCUGAAGACGCCAGCAUUUGGGUUGUGGUUGGCUCAGCAAGAGGAAGUAGUGCAUAGAACGCUGCAGGACAAAUGGGCUGGCUGA